GUAUAAUCGUUUGUUUACAAAACAACAACGCACCAAACGAUUUUGUUCUGCAGAAGUGAUGAAUAUUUAAUUCAAAAUGUAAAUCGAUGGGUGAUUCGAAUAUUUUCCGAAGCAAAAAUUGUGGAAAAUGUCUAGAUUUAUAAAAAGAUACCUAUGUUGUUCAGUGGUCGCAUCAAUUUUAAUUUUUAUGGUGUAUUAUCGCUUUUUUGGGCGUUUUCAAAUUGAUCAAAUCGUUGUUAGCUCCGAUGAGUUCAUUGCAGUCGCAUAUGUUGUUGAAGAAGGCGACGAAAAUAAUCGUCGAUUAAACAAUGAACAACAACUAUUAAAUCUAACAAAUUUCCAUUAUAAACUGCAACCAAGCGAUGAUGCUUGCAAGAAUACCGACGAUCUAUUAGCUAUUUUAUUAGUAACAUCGUAUGUUGGCCACGAUGAAGUUAGAUCGGCCCAUAGAACGGCAAUCAGCGAUUCGAUUCUACGUAAAUUGAAUGUUGUACGAAUAUUUUUAUUGGCAGAAAUUCCACAUACUGAACAUUUUAUUACACAAGAAGCCAUUGAGAGUGAACACCGUCAUUUCAACGAUUUGGUUCAAGGAAACUUCCAAGAAGCCUAUCGGCAUUUACCUUACAAACAUGUGAUGGGGCUUCGAUGGGCAUCGUCUCACCGAUGUCUCCAUCCAAAAUACAUCAUUAAAAUGGAUGAUGAUAUUGUGGUUGAUUUUUAUCAUUUAAUCGAAUAUCUCAUGAGUCAAAACCAACGAUUUUCAAACUAUAAUGGUGACUUCUUAGCUGGAUACAUUUUCCGGCAUGUCGUACCAAUUCGUAAGCAUCAAAAUAAAUGGUAUGUUUCAACAGAUGAGUUCAGCGGUGAUGUAUAUCCUGAUUACUUAUCUGGUUGGAUGUAUGUUACGAUUCCAAAAACAGCCAAAACUCUAGUUUCCGCCGCAUUUGAACCAUACACGUCGAUCUUUUGGAUUGAUGACACAUGGAUUACUGGUAUUUUGCGUGCCAAAAAACACAUUCCCAUCGAUGAUUCUCUCAAUGAACUAUUCUCAGCCAAUUCGGAAUUUUUGGACUGUUGUAUAAGGGAUAUAGAAAAGCACAAAUAUAAAUGCCCCUUCAUAGCCGGUCCGAAUGGUGGUGAUCAUACAUUGAUCAAACAGUAUCUAAAUGCAGUGAACAAAUAUUGCUUAGCUGAAAACAGUGAUUUAAAAGAAAAUUCGUGCACGGAACGUGAUGCAAGUAUGCCAGCGCUGAAGGAUAUUUGCGUCGGUGGUGAUAAACAUCUUUUAAAAGAGAAUCAUGGUGCAGCUAUUGUUAAACCCAUUCGAUUAUGAGCACCAAUAUUGAAGCUGCCUUUUAUUUUUGUGCCUUUUUAAACUGACAAUACUAAUUGCAAAUAUGUCCUUAACCAUUGCUGUGUGAAUAGUCUAUAAGAGCCAUAAUAUAACAUUGCCUUUUUUUACAUAAAAGUUAGCAUAAAGGCCCAUCAUGCUAAUUCGAAAUUCACAAGCGAUUUUUUGCUUCGUAGAAUUCAUAAUAAGCCAUUCAAGAUAGUGCAAUUUGCUAAGAGGAGGCUAGUUUAAUCGAUUUAAUUCGCCUUGAAAUGUGAAUAUUUCGCAUAAUAUACAAAUUGCUUCAAAAGAAA